GAAGGGAAAGGAAAAGAAAGGGAAGGGAAGGGAAGGGAAGGAAAGGAGGGAGGGCGAAGGCAUUUCCAUCAGCUCAGGCAAAUUGCAAGAUCUGCCUUCACUCCUCAAAGUGCUGAGAGGGAAGGGAGCCCCGUCUGGCGAGCUGUCUGGCAAUCACCAAACUAUCUCGCCCCUUGCUGCCAUCGGAUUUAAUCUCUCUUUCCUCUUUAGCAAAUAGGAACCAUCUCAGGAUAGGCUCCAACCUGACUCCCCCCCUUCCUCUCCUUCUCCUUCUCCUCCUCCUCCUCCUCCCCUCCCCCGCUCCUUUUGCCUCCUGGCAUAGGAUCUCCAAUUCUACUGCAGCCUGAAUCUUGCAAAUAGCUCGGCUGUUGGUGUGGGGGCUGCCAUCUGCUAGGGAGCCGAGAGCACAGACAGCCAGGGGUCCUGCCCUGGGCAAAGGGAAGAAGAAAAACUUGCGGUGACCGCGGCCAGAGCCUACAGCCAUCCCCUCCUCGGAGACCUCGGACACCUCUCAGGGGUUGCUUCAUCCCAGCGGAGGCAAUAACAAGGUCGGGGAGGGAAAGUUCCUCCUACUGGUGUUGCCUCGCGUUUGGAGGAGGCGCAGUGGCUUUGCUCCCUCGGAAGUGGGAAUUGUUUUGAAUCCAGCUAGUAGGGGGUGGGUGCUCCCCUCCCCGGGCACGUAGGGAAGUCAUCAUCCGCAAGCCCAAAGGGGGCUCUACCUAACAGCGAGGAGAACCUUCAGAGCUUAUUCGGAUUCGUCCUGGAACCCAGGACUUAGCCACGCACUUUGCAGCCCAAGCUGCAAUUGAUUUCAUCCUUCCCAGUUCUACCUUGGUUUUGGACUGAAAUCUGCUUGGCCAGACAACCUAGGAAGAGCGCCGAAGUGACACUGGGAGCAUUGCGCUGCCCCCUCCCCAUCUCCUCCCAUUUCUCCUCCUCCCCCCAUCUUCCUUUUCUCUCCCGGGUACAUGAAAUCAGAUCCAAAUAAAAAGGCGACUUAAUCCCGCGGUGAUUGUGGUCUGCAGUACUCUUGCUUCCUUGCCCCCUUCUUCCCACCCCUCCUUCCCCAAUCCUGCCGCCCAAAGGAAGAAGCUCUGGAAGAAUAAAUUGGGGGGGAGGGCAAAGGGGGAGGUAUCCGCGUUAUGGCGAGGUUAAGGAAAGCCGAGCUGGCCACAGCUGGAGUUGUAUUACUUUGCCACUUUUUAAUGGACCGGUUUCGGUAUGCGGAAGGGGAGACCGUAAAUCAAACCAAUGAAUCCAGAGCUUCUUUCAAGGUGCUAACCCCGGGCGAGAUCUCUUACGACUUGCUUCACGAGACUGUCAAUGGCUUUUCUCAUGGAGAAGAGGAGGUAGACAUAGACUCACAAGCGUACAGCCACAGGUGGAAAAGAGACUCUGAGCCACUAAAGCCAACUGAUACCAACCGAGCAAGCGUGGGUCAAGAUUCUUCAGAACCCAGAGGCCUCACUGAUCUGCUCCUUGAUGAUGGACAUGACAACACCACACAGAUUGAGGAGGAUACAGAUCAUAAUUACUAUAUUUCCAGGAUAUAUGGGCCAUUUGAUUCUGCCAGCAGGGAUUUGUGGGUGAACAUGGACCAAAAGGAAAAAGACAAAGUGAAGAUUCAUGGGAUUUUGUCCAAUACCCAUCGGCAAGCUGCAAGAGUGAAUCUGUCCUUCGAUUUUCCAUUUUAUGGCCAUUUUCUACGUGAAAUCACAGUAGCAACUGGGGGUUUCAUAUAUACAGGAGAAAUUGUACAUCGAAUGCUAACAGCCACACAGUACAUAGCCCCUUUAAUGGCAAAUUUUGACCCUAGUGUAUCCAGAAAUUCAACCAUCAGAUAUUUUGAUAAUGGUACAGCACUUGUUGUCCAGUGGGACCACGUACAUCUCCAGGAUAAUUACAACCUAGGCAGUUUCACUUUCCAGGCUACCCUCCUCAAUGAUGGACGGAUAAUCUUCGGAUACAAAGAAAUUCCUGUGUUGGUGACCCAGAUAAGUACAACCAAUCAUCCAGUCAAAGUGGGAUUGUCUGAUGCAUUUGUAGUUGUCCACAGGAUCCAACAGAUUCCCAAUGUUCGAAGGAGAACAAUUUAUGAAUACCACCGAGUAGAGCUCCAGAUGGGGAAGAUUACCAAUGUUUCAGCUGUGGAGAUGACCCCACUACCUACUUGCCUCCAGUUUAAUAGUUGUGGAUCUUGUGUCUCUUCUCAGAUUGGAUUCAACUGUAGCUGGUGUAGCAAACUCCAAAGAUGCUCCAGUGGAUUUGAUCGACACCGUCAAGACUGGGUAGACAGUGGUUGCCCUGAAGAGUCCAAAGAGAAGAUGUGUGACAGCACAGAGCCAGGUGAAACAUCCUCCCAGACAACCACAACCCUACAUUCCACAACUACACAAUUCAGGGUUUUAACUACUACCAGAAGAACAACUGCCCCACAGCUACCAACCAGCCUACCGACAGAAGAUGAUACCAAGAUAGCUCUACAUUUAAGAGAUAAUGGAGCCUCUACUGAUGACAGUGCAGCUGAGAAAAAAGAAGGAGCUCUUCAUGCUGGUCUAAUCGUUGGAAUCCUCAUCCUCGUCCUCAUUAUAGCUACAGCCAUCCUCGUGACAGUCUACAUGUACAACCAUCCAACAUCAGCAGCCAGCAUAUUCUUCAUUGAGCGACGUCCCAGCAGAUGGCCAGCAAUGAAGUUUCGAAGAGGCUCUGGACACCCUGCAUAUGCUGAAGUCGAACCUGUUGGAGAAAAAGAAGGUUUUAUUGUAUCAGAGCAGUGUUAAAAUUUAUAGGACUGAACACCAGUACUGGCUUACAGGUGUAAGACUUUAACUUUGCCUAUAUCUUUAAAAAAAAUUUAAAAACAAACAAAAAAAAAAACAAAGAAAAAAUAAAGGAGCCCUAAGCUGCUGUAGCCUGAACAAGAGACGAUUUCCGGAUCAGCCUGGCCCAAGAAAGCUGGGGAAGGAAAUUUGCGAAAACACAAGAUUAUUCUGUGCAGUCAUUUUCUUUAAUGGAAUGACAUUACAACUUCCCCAGUGGACUGGUCAGGACUCUGACAUGACUGCCAUGCGGUGUGGGCUUAGGUGUUGGGUUGCAUAGGAAUCAAGGGAAGAAAUAAAGCUUUAGUUCACAAGGGUUCUAUCCCCUUUGAUUCAUAUGUUUUCUGGGGCCUCAAAGGUAAUCGGCAACACUUUUAAUGGAAAAGCCAAUAAUUAGUAUUUUAAGAUGGUAGAACAAAAACCAAUUCAUGCAGGUCAAAGAGUGAUUAUAUGCAAAACAAGCAAUUUCCAAUCUUUUCAGAAAUGAAAAAUGGAGAUAGAAUUUGGGUUCUAAAGGUCCACUUUCACCAGUUCAAACAAGUUCAUGACUUUAAAAUGUGAAUCAUUUUCUCAAGAGAAAGAUUUAAUUGUGCCUCCUACUUUCCAGGAGAUACAGAUCCUCUCCAUCCAUAGGUUGUGAAGACAUCACAAAGUUUUAGGUGAACCUUUGGCAAAUGAAGCUCCCAAAGGCCUCUUUGAUGAGGUACACCUUUAGUUUCAGUAUGUCAAAUUUGAUUUUUUUUUGAGAAGUAUUACCUGCAUGAUCUACCUGUGGAGGGACAUGAAGGUAGCAGAUGGUCUUGUCUGAUAGAAGGGGAAGGAAACAUGCAGAGUUUCUCAGGCAUUUUGUGAAGCAAAACUAUUGAGGGGAUUUCAAACAAAUAGGUGUGGGCUUGGGUUUUUUGUUAUUAUUGUUGUUUGUUUUGGCCGGGUCAGCACUAAUGACCUGUUUCAUUGUUGAUUCUUGCCUAAGAAGCCAUUCAAUUUUCAGCACACAUCCCCCAGUGAUUAAAAAAAAAAAAAAGAAAAAAAAGGAAAAUGUUUCAGAACCCUGCUGAUUCAUACAGUAAUUUUGUUUAAAGCACAUAGUAGUUGCAUAAAUAUAAAUAUAUAAAUAUAUAUAUAAAUAUAUUUUUGUUUAUAGCUAACACAAGGCAGGCUCUUGUGACUGUUAAGACUGCAUUUUGUCAUCUGGACAAAGAAAAUGGAUCGCGUUACUGCAUACUUCCAUUGAGUUGUAAAAUAAUCCUUAAUAUUAGAAUAUUUUUAUGUCCCAUGGGGAAAGUGGUUCAUCCUAUUGCAGUGCCAUAUGUUUUCCUGCCUAUGUGAGCCACUCUUCCAUUUCAUCAACCCUUUCCUUCCCAGAUUAGGUGAAAAUACAUUUAAAAGCUCCUAAAACGAGGCCACCAGUUGUACUGGCCAGGUUGAACUAACCACAAUCCAGAUUUUUUUAAACAUCCCCACUGGAAAAGGAAUUUUAAACAUUUUUUGAGGAGGAAAAGGGUUCAUAGACACUGAACUUAAAAAAUUGAAAUUCAAGUACUGUGUGUAUAACGACAUUGCCAUCUUGACUUAUCGACCCUUUGCAUUUUGUACAAAGUGAUUCCUGUUAAGGUACGGUGUUCAACAUUUGCAGGUUCAGGUCUCAAGUAGCAUGCAUAUAUAUACAUAUUGUAAGUAGCACCUUACUAACAUUUUAGAAUGUAUAGACAGUUUCUGAAUCCAAUGACUUCAACCCAUUAAUAAAUCAUGAUUCUCCUCAAUAACUAUCUUCAUGAAGUAAACCAGUACUGUUGUUUUUUGGUUUUGUUUUUGUUUUUGUAUAGCACAGUUUGCUUUUUUUUUAAGUUAUCCAACCUGGCAUUUAACCUUUUUCAUAAGUUAUGUAACAGUCAUCUAAAAGUA